GCCGAGUAAGUUAGCACACUACCUAUAGUGAUCUGUGGCACACUACACAAAACUCGACCAUGCCUCCUUGUGUAUAGACGUGCGUGUUGUUUGUAUACUUUGUGUUAUUUGUGCAUUUUUGUGGUUAUUUUUUUGUGCUUUUCUUGGAUAAAAUAUUGAGAUAAUAUGGCGAAAACAGCAUGCACCACCUCUGUAACCAUCAUACUAUUUAUAACAGUACACCUCACAGCUACAGCCAAACAAAACCCUAGACCAGUGUUCGAAAGCAAUAACGAACAAGAGAGGAUAGACGACUCCGUAAGAUUAUCAAAUAACCCAGGGUAUUUACCGUUUGGCAAUCCUCUAGCUGGUAAUUCCAUACAAAAUGCUAGAAUUCAUAGAAACAACCAGCAAGCAAUGUUCAAUGCUGAAAGAAUAAGGCAACAUAAGGCUCAGCUACAAAGAUGGUCCAAAGGGCCUCAAAUAAUUGACAGCUACAUGAAAGCUUACCACGACUCUCAAGAAAAUCAUCAACUUACAUUGGAAAAUCAACAGGCGACCUUAAAAGAUGGCCCCGUUACUGCAGCACCUGUAAGGAUUCUGGGGAGACCGGUUAAACAAAGAAACGUGCAAAAGAAGAGAGUUCCAAAUUUAGAAAAUACAGGAAACAUAGCACAAAUUGACUGUUUAUCAGGAACAAACAGAGGACAACUUCCUAAACGAGGAGAUAUUAAAUUUUUCCAAGGAUCAGAACCAACGAAAAUCACUAAAGCUGAUGCAGUUAUCAAAGAUGUGAGAAAUAGAAAUCAUAGGUCCUACGGUUCGUCAGAUUACCAUCAGAAUUUAGAAACAAAAAGGUAUAAAACUGUGUACGCAUCUCCUGCUCCGAGUUACGAACACGGAGUAACGAUAAAACCAAAUGGUAAUGCUGGUAUCGCGCAACCAAGUGAACUAGCUAGCCUAUAUACAUCAGCAGUACCAAGUGACGCGAAAUAUGCUUACCCAAAUAACGUCAAUAGCCUAAAAUCAGUACAAGACAUUCAAGCGCUUAAUUCUCUACUACACAAGAGUCCUACAGAACAACUAACAGAGUUUAACGCCUUAUUAAAUAAUGGCAAAAUUCCUGAAGAUAUUACCAAAGGGGUACCUGUAGACUUUUAUUUCUAUCUCAAAGACCCAACACAACAUGGUAUAGCACAAAAUUACGAUAACUUAAAGUAUACGCAGAUACCUCAAACGUAUGCCAGCGCGUUUGCACCUGAUCAUGUUACAAAAGAUUAUACACCAAUCACUGAAGACGUAGAUGAUAUAGAAGAUCCCAAUAAAGGCCCGGUCACAUUUAAUCUACAGCCAAUUCCACCAACUAAAAUACCAGAACAAACUACAACAACAAAAAGCAACAACUAUUACAAAGUCGAAGUUGCCAGUCAAACUAUAAGUGCAGGACUUAAGCCAAAGCAUAUAAAAGAAGAGUAUUAUGUUAAACAAGAAAAUGACCCUCACUAUGAAUCAUUAACUUAUGGGUACCAACCCAUUUAUGUAGACGGGGGGGACAGCAAAAGUGAAAUGUAUUUACAUCAUAAUGCAGAACCAACAGGUGUUCAGCAUUUACUAGAAGACGGGACACAGACCUCAGCGUUUGGAGAUGACAACCUCCACUACGCAGCAAACUACGAUUUUGGCUACCGAGUUCACGAUAAAGACAGUGGAAACUACUUCGGCCAUAGAGAAGCUAAACAAGGGAAAUCCACCAAAGGAACCUACCACGUCCUCUUGCCAGACGGUAGGAUGCAACUGGUCAACUACUCCGCUGGUCCUUCGGGAUUCCACGCUGACAUAAGUUAUGACCACAUGCAAUAGACAACAUUGUAUUUUUAAUCGUUCCUCUGCUAUCGCGUUAACUUUUUUUUUGCUUGGCAUCUCUAUCCUCUCUGGUUUUUGUCAGAGAGGAUACAGAUACAGAAGGGAAUACCUUACUGGCAUUACUUAAAUGGAGUUUUAGCGGGAAAAUUGUAGAAAAUAGAUGAAGCUCUUAGCUGUCGUUUUAUUUUCAUUGAUUUGCUGCAAUUUAGAGUUUUAUUGUAUAAAGUAGAAUGCAUUUUAUUCAAUAUAGUUUUCUAACUGCACAAGUGAAGUGGAAGUUGAGCGACAGUGUUUAAUUCGAUUUUUUGCUGGACUCAAAAGUUUUGGUAAGGAUGCCUUACAAGCAUUAUAAUAUGACUUAACUUAGGACCAACUGACGGACAACGACAGCCGAUGUAAACUCGUAUAUUAUGAUAUGAAUACAUGGCUGUGCGUUGUAAUACCUUUGCCUUUUCCUUAUAGGAAAAGCUAAUAAAUAUAGCUAAAAAAGUAAAAAAAUAUUGACAUGGAAGUGUGUGAAAAUUGAAAAUUGAUCCAAAGCUUAUCGGCUACCUAUUCAAUUCUGCUCGAGAUUUUGUAAUUUAUAUCUAUCCAGUAAAUAUUACCUAGUCGUUUUAUGCACUCCCAUAAUAAAACAAUUAACAAUUACGGAUGGUAGAGUAAAAAGUCCUAUAUUAGUCAAUUAAAUUAGUUUUAUUUAAAUAAUUAUAAUUAUGUGAAAUUAAAAUCUAAUAAUUAUGUUGAGUAUUUAUUUCUUUUUGUAAAAUUAAAAACGAACGCGACGAAAAAUAGGCGGGAAUACAAAAAUGCUGUAAUAAACUGUUCAUGAUUUCAUUGUUAAGGUGACAACCUAAAUGCAAAUAAAACACAAACAUAAUGAAAAUUUAUUACCAAGAAGAAUAAAUAAUACACGUAAGUAUCCAUAAUAAUAAUUAUGUACAGGAAGUUAGGUUAAAUGUUAUUAUAUUUCGACUUAUUAACUACUGUUAUUGUAAUAUGUACUUAAUUAUUUUACGAAUUUAAAUUACUCAAUACAAAUACAUACUAAGGUACCUACUUAUGAAAUAAAUUAUAAAUCUUGUAUAUAAUAAAUUAGUUAUAAUAGUAUACAAGUAAAAAUAUAUUAAUAUGUAUAAUAAAUACUUAAUUUAUUUAUUAAGUAAAAAUAAAAUAUUAAAAUUACAAUAA